AUGGAACAGAAACCCAGUUCUCCACUCACGCUUUUCAAGUGUUCUGACGCUUUUCAAGUGUUCAGUAGCCCCCCAAGGCUCGCGUCAGCCCAAGGCGCAGUGCAGACACAGAAGUUCACGGCGCGCUGCUCGGGACAGUCCCUCCGGGAGGAAGGGGCGCAGUUCGGCCCCCAUGGGAACUCCCCUGCAGGUCCAGUGCAGGCCCUGGGCACGCCCUGGGCAGUGCUUCUGAAUUCACCGAGGAGAAACGCGAGGAGGGACGAGCAGACCGACGGCCCAGGCAACACAGCUUUAGAGCCCUCCGGGCAGCUCAGGCUGCGGCGUUUUGGGGGGGCCGGGUCUGGGGCCGUCCACCUAAACGCUGGGGACUGGCGGCGUCUGGGGGAGGCAGCGGUCUUUGCUGCUGGCCCCGGGAGGCUGGGAGCGGUGGCCCUCGGGCCCGGGGAAGCCCCGCGACCCUUGGGGUGGCCGGGCAGGCCGGAUCCCGCCCAGAUGGGCCGGUGGGCAGCGGGGGACUCCUCGUCCAGGGCUGACCGGCCUGGGGCUGGCGCGGUG